UGUCGUUCAACUCGCCCGAGGUGGCGGCACGUUACACUAGAGCAACGACUGGCAGCCACUCCACCCAUCGCCAGACGGAGCUGCGAUCCAGGCAGAGGAGGACGCGGCGGACAGAAGAUGCGUUGCGUGUUGCUGCUAGCGGUGGCUUCCGCUGCCGUCCACUGCAGCCGUGCCGAGCCCCGCGCCCCGGAGGUCGAGGUCGAGUCGGGCAUUUUGCGCGGGAAGUGGAUCCAGUCGCAAUUCUCGAAACGGAACGUCGCCGCCUUCGAAGGGAUUCCGUAUGCAGAGCCUCCCGUCGGAGGGCUGCGUUUUCAGCGCGCGGUCCCUGUCGCCUCAUGGUCGGGUGUUAGGGUUGCCGACCGACUCAGUGCCAUGUGUCCUCAGCAAGACUUUUUGAUGGGGAAAAACUAUGUGGAAGGCAACGAGGACUGCCUGUACAUUAACGUGUAUGCUCCAGAGACGGUGUCGAGAACCAAGCCUCUACCCGUCAUGGUUUUCAUCCACGGCGGAGGCUUCAUGGUCUGGUCGGGUGGAAUGCACGGACCAGAGUUCCUCAUGGAGCGCGAUGUUGUCUACGUCAACUUUAACUACCGCCUUGGGCCGCUCGGAUUCUUGAGCAUGGGCGAUGACGUCAUUCCUGGCAAUAAUGGAAUGAAGGACAUGGUCUUGGCGUUGAACUGGGUCCGUCAGAACAUAAGGUCGUUCGGUGGAGACCCGGAGUCGGUGACGAUUUUCGGGGAGAGUGCGGGCGGCGCCUCUGUGCAUUACAUGACUCUCUCGCCUCUCACCAAAGGUCUGUUCCACCGAGCCAUCCCCAUGAGCGGCACUGCGAACGCUGCCUGGGCGUUCCACGACACUGCAGAGGCAAAGAAGAACGCCGCAAAACUGGCCGCCCUGCUGGACUGCCCGGCUCAGCCCAGCGAGCAGCUCCUGGAGUGCCUGCGGGGGAAGUCCGCCGAGGACAUCGUCAGGGCCCAGCUGGGGUUCGGCGAGUGGUACGGCCACCCGCUGCUGCCCUUCCGCGUGGUCGCCGAGCCCGGCGUGCCUGGGGCCUUCAUCGACCGGCCGCCGAGCCAACUAGUGCCUCGCGACGUACCGCUCAUGAUCGGGGUCGUUUCGGACGAGGGUUGCGUCGUGACCGCCCCACUUUUGCAUAACGAUCAUGCGAUGAAAGAUUUGAACGAUAAUUUCAAUAAAGUGUUACCUUUGACGCUAUUAUUGUCUCAUCUUCCUGAAAAAGAUCAGACGCACAUCAGUCAAGAAAUAAGGAAUGUGUACUUCGCAAAAUCUGAUGACACGACAUCUCCUCUUACAGAUAUCUUCUCGGACAUCUACUUUCAAUACCCCUCCCUCAUGACCAUAAAGCAGCAUAAGGCGCACGCAAUAUCCUCCGUGUACUUCUAUAAACUCGCUUACCACAGCAAAGACAAAGGCUUCUCUGGUCCAUUCAGCGGCUACAAAUUGAAUUCAACAUUUGAAAUGUGCCACUGCGACGAUUUGAUGUACCUGUUCCCCUUUAAGGAGUUGUUUCCUAAAGAACUGUCAGAUUCGGACCGUGCCUACACUGAUCUCAUGCUGGAACUGUUCACCACAUUCGCAGCAACGGGCCAACCAACUUCCGACAACUCAUGGUCGGAGGUGGAAGACGUGGAUGAAGCCGAAUAUGCCUACAUCCCGAACGCUGGAGAACUGACGAUGCGGCGAAGCUACCCGUCAGAAAAGAGAAAUUUGUGGAGAAGGAUCGACGCCGCACGAAGCAAGACUCGUUUCAUCAGCGACGAACUAUAACGCAGGAAAAUUGAAGGAACUGCACUCUGAAAACCUUACGAACUAUUCCAGGCCACACAGAAAUGUAGCAGUUAUAUUGAGCACAUAUUAACUUGCUAAGAAAAAAACCCUCGUAAUUUAGGUACUAUUUCAUAUAAAAAACUAAUUAGUUUGUACCACGCUCAUAAUACUUUUAAAGAUUUUAAGCGUGUGCCAGAAGUCUUUACAGUUAGAAACCCACGAGUAACAUCCGGCAACAUGCAACUGGCGUCGACUGUGGUAAGCACGGGCUUCGCGCUCGUGCACUUAUUCCGUCAAUCCAAGCCUGGCGUUUACGCCGACCAUAGCCUGCGGCGCUUAUCUGUUUUUUCCUCGUACACUGAUAAAACUAAAGCGUAAUAUUACCAUCUGUUUUCAAGCGCAAUCAGUUUACGUUUGAAAUCACAAUGCGCGGGGGAAUUUCCAGCGUAUGCUUCGUUUCAAGCGUUAUGUCAACAAGCGUAACUUGAUGUUUGACUCAAGCAUAGAGUUACGCUUUAGUUUUACCAUUGUUUAAGCAUUGAAAUCAAUGAUUUACGCCUGGAUUUUGUCUCUUUAUAUCAAAGCUGACUCCUUACUCCCCCCCCCCCCCCAGUUGCGCAGAUCACACGCAAUGUUUGAAAUUCCGUCAAGUGUGGCCCUCACUCCGUCCUUGUCUACUCUGGGUUGCCACUUUGACGUGAUUGAUGGAAUAAAGCCUCGUUAGAAACCCACGAAAAUAGGCUCCGUAUUUUAAUCACUUCAUUAACAUCCCAAGCCUCUUUCUUUAUCACGCCCGAUGUCACAUCCGUGCGAUUGAUAUCGACACAGGUCACGUUUGCGAGGUUUUUUUGAAUUUUCAAUUGGAAAAUAAAGUGUCAAUAAUUUCCAGUUA